ACGCCGCCUCCUCACCCCACUCGACUGCCUCGCCUCCAUUCCCCCCACCCCUCCCAAAGCCCAAACCCUAAGCCUAAACCUCUCACCUCCUGCCGCCGCCGCCGCCGCUGCAGCCGCAUCGACUCCCCUCCCAGCCUCCGCCGCCCCCGACUCGGACCGAAGCAAUGUCGUCGGACGAUGAUGUCAGGGAGGAGAAGGAGCUCGACCUCUCCUCCAACGACGUCGUCACCAAGUACAAGGCCGCCGCCGAAAUCCUCAACAACGCUCUGAAGCUAGUUGUGUCAGAUUGCAAGCCGAAAGCCAAGAUUGUUGACCUUUGUGAGAAGGGUGACUCUUUCAUAAUAGAGCAAACUGGGAAUGUCUACAAGAAUGCAAAGAGGAAGAUUGAAAGGGGCAUUGCUUUCCCAACCUGCUUAUCCGUCAACAACACAGUCUGCCACUUCUCUCCACUUGCCACUGAUGAGGCAGUCCUGGAAGAAAAUGAUAUGGUUAAAAUAGAUAUGGGCUGUCAUAUUGAUGGUUUUAUUGCUGUGGUGGCUCAUACACAUGUAAUUACAAAUGGGCCAGUCACCGGAAGAGCAUCUGAUGUUCUUUCUGCUGCCAACACAGCAGCAGAAGUCGCAAUGAGGCUUGUUAGACCUGGGAAGAAGAACAAGGAUGUUACUGAAGCAAUUCAGAAAGUUGCUGCUGCUUAUGAUUGCAAAAUUGUCGAAGGUGUUCUUAGCCAUCAGCUGAAACAAUUUGUCAUUGAUGGUAACAAAGUCGUGCUUAGUGCCUCCAAUGCUGAUACAAAGGUGGAUGAUGCUGAAUUUGAAGAAAAUGAAGUAUAUGCAAUUGAUAUUGUCACCAGCACUGGGGAGGGAAAGCCUAAGUUGUUGGAUGAGAAGCAGACCACCAUUUAUAAAAGGGCUGUUGACAAGAAUUAUCACUUGAAGAUGAAAGCAUCGAGGUUUAUUUUCAGUGAGAUCAGCCAGAAGUUCCCAAUCAUGCCUUUUACUGCUAGGGCACUGGAAGAAAAGCGUGCGCGUUUAGGCUUAGUGGAAUGCAUGAAUCAUGAGCUAUUGCAGCCAUACCCUGUACUUCACGAGAAGCCAGGCGACCUUGUUGCGCACAUAAAGUUCACUGUGUUGUUGAUGCCAAAUGGAUCAGACAGGAUUACAUCACAUCCACUACAGGAGCUAAAGCCCACAAAAUCUAUUGAAGACAAUGUUGAGAUAAAGACAUGGCUUGCUUUGGGGACGAAAACAAAGAAAAAGGGUGGUGGAAAGAAGAAGAAAGGCAAGAAAGGGGAUGCAGCAGAGGCAGAGCCUAUGGAGGCAACAAGCUGUGCUCCAAGCCAAGAAUAAUUCUGAUUUUCGAAAUUGCUACCUCUAGUUUUGUUCUUGUUUCUUUGCUGCAUCUGAUUAUGUUAUAUUCAGUUGUGGAAAUUUGAGUACUUUUGGAGGCGUCUGAAAAAUUACUCAUCCGCUGCACACUAUCGCAUCAAAUGACAAAGAUACUUAUCCAUAA